AAAAGCCGUAAAAGCAAAUAUUAUUGGGACAUUUUGUCUUCGCAUUAACUGUCGAGCAGUAGCUCUGUGUGGUGGCAUUUCAUAUCCCAAUUUUUGUACUGAUAACAUUGUUGACGAAGAGAGACUGAGUGGAGAGAAGUUGCCACAGAGCCCCUUAGAUAUAGCCCAUAGAGUGUGUGGAACAUUUGAUUAGUAAUCUUGUGCUUUUUGCUAAGAAAAGUUUGCCCUGUGGUGCUUAGAAUUUGUGUAAAGAAAAUGUCUUCUGUUAUUCCUCGUAUUAUCCUCGAUACGGAUAGUGGGUAUGAUGAUGCAUGGGCACUCUUUAUGCUCCUCAAGGCACAUUCAUUGAAUCUAAUUCAACUCGUGGCUAUUGUGUGUGGUUCCGGAAAUACUCAUGUUGAUUACUGCCUCGUCAACACGUGCCGAGUUCUCGAAGUUGCACAGCAAAAGGAUAUCCCAGUGUACAGGGGAGCUGCUGAUCCAAUUAUCUCAAUUGAGAAUCGUACUCAUGACAAUUUCAAUGGUCAAGAUGGAUUUGGGGAUGUAUUUGAACCAACAGACCUUCCCGAUAUGAGUCCUGUAAACUAUGAUGAGCACGGAGUCACUGCCAUGGCUCGAUUAAUCAAGGAGAAUCCCAAUGAAAUUACAAUUUUAACAAUUGGAGCUCUUACAAAUUUAGCUCUAGCCAUACGGAUGUAUCCGGAAAUUGUCCAGCUUAUUCAAAGCGUUACCACAAUGGGUGGUAAUUUUCUAGGCAUUGGCAAUGUCACCUCCAGUGCUGAGUUUAACGUUUAUUUCGAUCCCGAAGCUGCAGAUGUUGUCCUCCGGGGGCUAAAGUGUCCCAUUACAGUGAUUCCAUGGGAAACGUGCAUCCCUCCGCGGAAUACACUAACAUGGGGUUGGCGAUGUGAUGUUUUAGGCGCAAAAGAGCAUCCCAUUCUCACUCUUCUCAAUUUUGUGGAGAAUUCAAUUCGCAAAGAUCUCCCAUUGACCUCAAAAUGGGCUUGUGCUGAUUGCAUUGCAGCCACAUCCCUUCUUGCUCCGGCAUCAAUCAUUAAAUCCACCGAGGAAGCCUAUACGUCCGUUGAAUUGCACGGACAACUCACACGUGGACAAUAUAUCGUUGAUCGUCGUGCACAGGUGCAAAAUACAAAAAUUAUCACGGAAAUUGAUAUUCAAUCGUACAAGAGAACCUUCUAUUGGCUCAUUUAUGACGAUGUUAGAGUCCCACUGGAGGACUAUAUCAAACCAUAAAAUAAUAGUCCUUUUCUUUCAAUUAUGAAUUUUUUGAUAGUUUAGAAAAUAAAAAUAAAUAAAAUACCA